GAGACUGUCAGCCUUUUAUCUUCCCUCAAGCUGACUGGUGGUGUUUGCAGCCUUAACAGAAGGUGGAUCAGAUGGCUGGCACAGCAAGGCACGACAGAGAGAUGGCAAUCCAGGCCAAGAAGAGCCUCUCGCAGGCGACGGAUCCCAUCGAGAAGCUCCGGCUCCAGUGCCUAGCCCGUGGGUCGGCCGGCAUCAAGGGCCUUGGCAGGGCAUUUCGGAUCAUGGACGACGACAACAGCAGAACCAUUGACUUCAAAGAAUUCAUGAAAGGGUUAAAUGAUUAUGCCGUGGUGAUGGAAAAGGAUGAAGCACAAGAGCUUUUCAAUCGGUUCGAUCGGGAUGGUAACGGGACAAUUGAUUUUAAUGAAUUUCUCCUCACAUUAAGACCUCCGAUGUCUACGGCCAGAAAAGAGGUCAUCAUGCAGGCGUUCAGAAAGUUAGACAAAACGGGGGAUGGGGUUAUAACGAUUGAGGACCUUCGAGGCGUAUAUAAUGGAAAACACCAUCCCAAGUACCAGAAUGGAGAAUGGACAGAAGAACAAGUGUUUAGGAAAUUUCUCGAUAACUUUGACUCCCCUUAUGACAAGGAUGGAUUGGUUACAAAAGAAGAGUUUUUGGAGUAUUACUCCGGCGUCAGUGCUUCCAUCGAUUCUGAUGUCUACUUCAUUUUAAUGAUGACAAACUCUUGGAAUUUAUGACUUUGGCUAUUGCUGCUGCUUUGGGGAAUCUGGGAUUGAACACCGGUGGGGUAGUUUUGAAAGGAAUGCAAAGAACGGAUUUGGAGAUGUGUACGAGCAAAAUUUUCUGAUUUGGACUCGGUCAAAUGGAAGUGACCAGCCUGGUCCCACAUGUUUUUACCAAUGUCCCAAAAAAUGUUAUUAGACCAGGGCAGAGAACCAGCUUGAAUGGUCAGUUAUUUCUGGGUACGGGCCCAAUCUGUCAUGAGCAGUUGCUGCUACUUAGGUCCAGUUUUCUCCCAGAAAACGCAACUGAAUCUUGGCUCCCGUCCCACGACCACUUCAAGUUUUCCUCCCUUUGAGGCCUGUGGGACUCAGCGAUCAGAGGAAACAGGGGGCAGGGGUGACAUAUAUCUACGUGAUUGACAGCCUGCCCUUGGGGCAUUUCUAAAACCCCUUCCUGGUGGAUGGGGGGCUUUAUGGUCCCCAGGCUAGCUGUGGGGGAUGAGGAGACCCCACAGAAGAGUUUACUCUAGUGGAUAAUUGGAUGGUCUCCAGAACAAACACCCAGCCUUCAUCAGUUCAAUCAAUCACAACGGAAUUUAUUGAACAUUUGCUAUGUGUCGAACACUGUACUAAGUGCUUGGGAGAGUAAGUACAACAGAAUUGAUAGACAUGAUCUCUGCCCUACACUGGCUUAUAGGUUAGCUCAAUCUGCCUGGCUCGGAAAUUCAGUCUUGUUGUCCUGGUCUUUCUCUAGCCUGCUUAUGUGUCAGAGAAAAUUUAGAUUUUUUCACCAACCCCUUCUCCUCCAACCCCUGCUACUCCAAUAACAAACUAGCCCAUGCCAUCACUCAGUGCUUAGAUGCCUCCCUGAAUCCCUGCAGUUUUACUCAAUAGCUGGGCUCAGCUUGUAAUUUUCAAAA